CAAUGCCGAGUAAACAAAUAUCUGUUGACAUUGUUGAUGACGUCAUUUCUUGAAGACAACGAGGAAUCACAAAUUUUUAUAGUAGAUUAUGUAUGCAGUAUAAUAGCCUGAAUAAACCGUAAUGCACUCCAUUCACUUACCUAAGAAAUUAAUUGUUACGUCAUUUGUUUACUCGGCAUUGUUGUGUUUCAUAUUGCCGUCAACAAUCCGCUUUGUUAUUGUAGAAAUAGCUGAGGGAGGGGAGUUGACAAGUUAUUGGUUUAGUGGCCUGAAGGAAGGAGACCUCUGGGGAGACCUCGGCGAGAUGGAGUUAAACCAAAGUCGCAGUUGUUCUCAAGAUGGCGGCAGGCGCACGCGCACCGAAGCAUUGGCCUCUCUGAAUGAGCUGAAAGAGAAGAACGUGUUAAGUGACGCGGUGUUGAGGUUGGAAGAUGGCGGCUCCUUUCCAGUCCACAGAAUGAUUCUCUCCAUGUGCAGCGAAUAUUUCAGGAAAUUCUUCACUACAAAACUGCACACCAGUGAGCAGACUGAUAUUCUCCUCCACGGAGUCAGCUCAGAUGUGAUGACCCAGAUACUGGGUUAUGUUUAUUUUCGCAAGAUGGACAUCCACUCUGACAACGUGCGUCAGGUGCUCGUGGCGGCUGACUAUUUGUGUAUACCAAGCGUUACUAAACUCUGCUGCGAUUUCAUCAAGGAAGAGAUAGACGCCGAAAACUGUAUCGACAUCAUGCAGUUCGCAAGGUUUUACUUCUGUGCCGACCUUGAGACCGAAGCUGGUCGCUUCGUUCUGCGCCACUUCGUGGUAGUGUCUCAGCAGAACGAAGAAGUCCUAGAACUGGCUGCACAGGAGCUGCAAGCAAUAAUCGAGUCUGAUGAACUGAACGUUAAGUACGAGGAAGAUGUGUGGGAGUGCGUUCUCCGGUGGAUCAACCACGACCCGGACAACAGGAAAGGCCACAUCGCGGACCUCUUGGAUGGCAUCAGACUGGGACUACUUGACGAACAGUUUUUCCUGGAGACGGUAUCAAAGCACCCGUACGUGACGGAAAAUGAUGGGUGCAGACCAUUGAUCUCGGAGACGGUCGCGUUUCUGCGCUACUCACAAAUGAUGAAGAAGGAAGGCAAGGAAAUCGUGACACCAAGGAUUGCCCGCCCGCGAAUCCCACAGUACAAUCUUUUUGCUAUUGGUGGGACUCGUGGCGGAAAGCCGACAGAUGUGAUCGAAGCGUACGACGCACGAGCAGACCGGUGGAGUGUGGUGGAGACGGUCGACUCGAUCGGUCCGCGAGCCGAACACGGCACGGCAGUUGUCGGUUUCGACAUUUACGUCAUCGGCGGUACCGACGGCUUUGAAUGUUUAAGCUCAUGUCGCUGCUUCAACGCUGUAACGAAGACAUGCCGCGAGGUGGCGUCUAUGCAUGAACGCAGGUAAGAUGCAGCUUGGUAACUAAGGAACUCCUUGGAACAGAGUCCUUCUUCAAAGGCUGAUAGUCGCUCCGUUGUUCAAGUUAUAAAUGUGCGCUGGGGAUGUAAAAUUGUACCAAUCACAUACAGGAGCAUCGUGCAAAGUGUGAAUAGACGCAAAUUAAGUGUGGCAGUUCUGCGAGGUGCAGUUUACGCAAUGGGCGGUCACCAUGGUCAUUCGGAUCUAGGAUCGGCGGAAAGAUACGACUGCACGACGAACCAGUGGUCUUUCAUCGCUUCCAUGAACACAGGGCGACGCAGUGCAAGUGCGGCUGUACUGAAUG